UCACUCGAUUGCCAGCUUGUGUUGGAAUAGAAAGUGGGUGAAAUGAUUCUGGAAGAUACGGUAAAAUAUCUGCGUAGUGCGAAAACGCCCGAAGAUGUUGCCAACUGGAAAUUGGUGUACAAUUUUAUCAUCGAAACGAAGUAUUUUCUUGAACAUUACGACAGUAUUAUAGAAACGUGGGAUUUGUGUGACCAGGAGUUCCUGAUGCUGCUGUGGGAAAUAGAGGAACUGCUAACGGAGCUACUGUACAAGUAUACUACUGUUUCCACCGAGUAUCUAAGACCCGUAUCAUUACCAACUGUAGAGAUUAAAUGCUGUGACAUAUUGUUUGAAAAAUCCUCCCAGCUAUUCCGACACUACUACACGGUCCAUCACACCCCCGCUAGAUUGAACAAUGUCCGAUACUGCGAGAUGAAAGCCGGUCUCCUGAAGUUGGAUUUCUAUAGACGCAGCUUGAAGUACUAUAUCGAAUUUGGCACGUGGGCCGAUCAUGUUCUUUGUCUCUAUUUGAAGCGGAUCUACAGGAAAGUGAACCACACGAUGGAUCCAUUCCGCGAGGAGUGAAGGGGCGGACAGUAGUUUGUAUUUUAAAAUAUCGAUUAUAAUUCAAACCAAUAAAAGCAAUUUACACGUACUG